AUGCAUGUAACAAAUAUGCUGCUGAUGGCCCCCAAAUCCUCGUCGGAUUCCUCCUGCGAAAUUUUACAAUUCUGCUAUUCGUGUCAAGAAGGAGGCGGGAAUAUGCUGAAGCGGAUUAACUUGAACGAAUUCGAAGAAAUAAACAGCGUCAAAAAAUUUGUCAACACGGAUUUCAAGGGAAACUUGAAUCGCAAACUCCUUCAGACGACGGCCACAAAUUCCUACCGGACAUUUUACCCGACUGGUAAAUACGGAUCAAAGGGAGAAAUCUUGUACACUGGAUUUGACGUGGACAUUCUCGACAUCAUAGCGAAUUCCAUGAAUUUCACUUAUGUCUGGAGAACCCCAGAACCCCCCGCUACUUGGGGGUCGCAGAUGCCGAAUGGCUCAUGGAAUGGCAUUGUUGGUCGGAUCGUGAAAAAAGAAUUGGAUAUAUCCGUCACGGUGAUGUCUAUGCUAGAAACUCGAAAUUUGGUCAUCGAUUACGCUUUUCCUUACGACUAUGACGGAAUGCAUCUCAUGGAAGCUGCUCCGAUUCCUCUAACACCAGGAUUCAGAGCAAUCAUCAACCCAUUCGGAAGCAUCACAUGGCUGAUUUUCGCUUUUUCUGCAAUAGUUGCAUGGGCUGCCAUCUACGUAUCCUUGAAACUCAGCGCCAUCUUCUCAAUCGAAGCAGAAACGUGGGUCAGAAAGGAGGAUUUCGGGGAAGUCCUGGCCCUGCACGUGUUCAACAGCAUCGUUCGCCAACACUCGGAUCGCAGUUUGGACGCCACUAUCCCCACACACAACACCCGAAUAAUCCUGGGCAUUUGGAGCCUUCUGGUCAUGAUCCUGACCACUUACUACCUCACAGUCCAAUUCGCUAUGUUCUUCAAUGUACAAUACACUCCGGUCAUGGACACAGGCGAGGACUACAUCAACGUCCCGAAAACAAUCGUGUCUCUGGGCUCGUCUACCGGAGAGGCGUUGUUCAAGUCGUGGGGCAUCAGUAACCGAGCCAUUUUCACGACACCCGCAACCAUGGCCAACGUUUACUUGGAUCAGACGCUGAAAAACCGGAACAUGGUGUUGGGCAUUUGGAGAAACGUGAUUCGGAACUGGCUUUUCAAUUUCCCAUCGCAGUACACGGAUCAAAUCAACCCGAAACAUUAUCGGAUUUCCAGGGGCUAUCCGAUGCCGUUUUAUACCGCGGUCGCGUUGCAAAAGAUGUCGCCGUACACGGAAUUCGUAUCUGUCAUUUGCAUGCGAUUGCAGGAAGCAGGCAUCGUUGCACAUUUGAAUGAUCAUUAUGCAGUGAUUGCUGGGAAAUUCGAGGCGACGUUUGCGGAAAUGAGCUAUGAUCCUGUUGUCAGAGGCAGGAAAGAACGGCCUUUGUUGCCGCUGAGUUUGGUCGGACAUUUGAGCGGGGCUUUCGCAUUGCUCUGGGGCGGGCUUUUCAUUGCUUCUGCUAAGUUAUUUGUGUUCGAAAAGAGGGAAAAAAUAAGCAUGUCGUAUCGGUAUACUUUGUUUUACUUCGACGGACCCGGAAGAGCAGAAAUUCCGCGUUUACUGUUCGCUCAGGCUGGCGUGAAUUUUGACGAUCGACGGAUUCCUUUCGAAAAAUGGCCAGAAAUGAAAAAGACUUUCACUUUCGAACAAGUGCCAGUGCUGCGGGAAUACGACCAGACAUUGGCACAGUCGAAUGCGAUUGCUCGCUUUUUAGCGGAGAAGUUCGGUCUCGCCGGUCGCGACACGUGGGAAAAAGCCUUGUGCGACAGCAUCGUCGACACUGCCAGAGACGUCUGGGAUCUCCACAGGGCCUGGCGACUUUCGACGGACAUGGACACGAAAAACGAGCGAAAACAGGCCUUGAUCGACACCCAGCUGCCAAACUUCUUUGCCAGCGUCGACAAGUUCCUGGCGGGGAACCCCAAGAAAAGUGGCUGGCUCGUCGGAGACGAAUUGACAUGGGCUGACAUCUACAUUGCUCACUCGGUAGAAAAGCUGUCCCUCGAAACGCCUCCGGUUUCCGCCAAAGAUUAUCCAGAUGUCAUUGCUCACAUGGAACGCGUCAAAGCGCAGCCAAGGAUCAAAGCCUACGAAGAAAAGCGAGGAGACUUGAAGAACUUAAUGCAAUCACCUCACAAGCCUCUUCCACCCAAUUAAAGAAUUAUCCUGCUUGAAUUACUGCUUCCAGAAAAAUAAACGCAAAAUUGCGCAAAAUUAACCAUCGUCUUCCGAUUUAAAUAUGUCUUUCCAGCGUUGGAUGCGUCUUCACUCUUCGAGAAAUUCGAAGUCGGAUUCAAUUUUUCCUACGAAGUACUCAGGAAUGCAUGGCUUGUCAAACACCGA